CCACUCUUUACGCCCUCCCAGCUCGAUGAUCCUUUGCACACACUCUCAAGAUUCCGAUACCCAUUUCCUACCUUCACUACGACUGGGUCGCAUCCCCCUCCCUCGUAGAACUGUUCCGAGUGCUCCCUGUCCCACCACCUCCCAGUGGGUGCUCUUAUUAAUGUGGGCUCGCAUAUCUGCAUCGACAACCCUUGCCCAUUCCCCCUGCAUUCCACAGAUCGUCCUGGUACUCAUUCCCAGGUGAGAUAGCGUAGGAUUGAGCAUAAUGUCGAAGCGUGCGUUGCUGGUGGGGUGCAAUUACCCCGGCACCAAGUGCGAGCUGCACGGAUGUGCCAAUGACGUCAGGCGGAUGAAAGAACUGCUGAUGAAUCGUUUCGGUUUCGACGAGAUCGACAUUCUGGUGAUGUUGGACACUGAUCCAUCGUUGCCCCAGCCUACUGGUGCUAACAUUCGCAAGAGUUUGGCUCAGCUAAUUCAGAGCACCGAGGCCGGGGAUUGCCUUGUAUUUCAUUACAGUGGCCAUGGCACUCAGGUGCCUGCAGAAUCCGGUGAGCAAGAUGAUACUGGAGCCGACGAAGCUAUUGUACCCACCGACAUGAAUCUUCUAACAGAUGACGACUUCAGAGAACUGGUUAACCAAAUCCCCGUUGGAGUGACAUUUACAUUCUUGUCGGACUCAUGUCAUAGUGGUGGUCUCAUUGACUCUGCGAAAGAGCAGAUAGGAAACACUGUCGUGAAUUACGCUAGUCUUCCAUCGGAGGAAGAAAAUGAAGGCGGCCUAUUUGGAUUGAUUGGGCAGGGCAUUAGCGCAUUUUCCGGCAAGAGAGAUGUAGAAGAGGGAGAGGAAGAGGAGGGUGGUUUUCGAGGACUUUUGUCCAAUAUGAGGUCCAGGUUCGGUUCAGGCAAUAGGGACAAUGACGAGGAGAGGCCUGACCUUCAAAACUUUGACUUCGAGUCGCAGUACUUGGAGGAGACAAGCCAGCAAGUGAAGAACAGAAACCUGGACAUUAACACAUUAUCCGAGAUGCUGAGUGAACAGGCUGGGCACCCGGUGGAAGUCGGAAACAUUCGGACCACUCUCUUCGACAUGUUCGGGGACGAUGCCAGCCCUAAAGUGAAAGUUUUUGUGAACAUCCUCCUCUCUCGAAUUCAGAGCGGAGGUGAAGAAGGGGGAUUCAUGGGCAUGCUAUCAAGUGCAGCCGGGCAUUACCUGAAAUCCAAACUGGAUUCCGAAUCACCUGAUGAAGCUGCCAACUACAUGGCCGCGGCUGGUAGCGUACACCCUUCCACUGCCCGAGCCGCUUACGGUGGAGUGCGACCAUCUGCAAGUCACCGUGCGCGUGAAGAUGCGGGCAUUUUGCUUAGUGGGUGUCAGCACAACGAGACGUCCGCCGAUGCCACACCUGCUGGAGAUCACUCGCAAUCCUACGGUGCUUUCAGUAACGCAUUGAUCGGCGUGUUGGCCGAGACUGAGGGUCCAAUCUCCAACCGUGAGCUAGUGCUGAAGAUCCGCGAGUCGUUGGCCAGCUCUGGAUUCAAGCAGCACCCGUGCUUGUACUGCACCGAUGAAAACGCCGAUGCCCACUUCAUCUGCGUUACUGAUUGAGUGCUGUUGUGCAUGGACCAUGUCACUGGGCUUCUUCAGUCAUGAAAUCCUUGGCAACGUUGCCCUGUAAAUUUGUAAUGUCUCAAAGCUUCUUGCGAGACACGGGACUGAGUGGUUGAUUUUCAUACAUCAUGAGUUGAAUUCGAAGGACUAGCCCCUUAUACUUGUGCGAACUGUAUCAAGGUAAUUAAAUGUGAACUGCACCCGGGUUACACACUUCGAAUAAACACUGAACCCUAUGGUUGCUUCCAUGAAA